GGCUAGAGACCCAGCAGCUGUCAAUGCACAGUGCUGAGCGUCACGACAAGCAGGUCGCUUUGUGGAGGAACCGAGGCUUUAAAAAUGCAGCUCGGCGACGAUUUAUGCGCUGUGUCGCAUAGUUGGAUGUGCUAUACGUGUCAGGUCUCUUACCGGUAAAAUCCAGCGUGUGAUCAGCGAGCCGACAGAUAGUGACUUUUUUUUUUUUGUUGCUGUUGUUUGUUUGUUUUAAUCUUCGCAGUGUUGCCUGUUCUGCGCUGUCCAUCCGGCAGAACUAGUCCAGACAUGAGUAACGUUAAUCUGAUUUUUUGGGACCAGUUGCAAGCUGGCAGCUCCGAGGUGGACUGGUGUGAAGGCAAUUACCUAAUUUACCCCAGCAUCGCUGAAUUUUACAACACGAUCAGCAACAUUUUGUUUUUUGUUUUGCCGCCCAUAUUAAUGUGCUUGUUCCGCCAAUAUGCAACACAUUUCAACAGUGGGAUUUACCUCAUAUGGAUUCUGCUGGUUGUGGUUGGCAUUGGAUCGACUUAUUUCCACGCCACCCUCAGCUUCCUCGGCCAGAUGCUGGAUGAGUUGGCCAUCUUAUGGGUGCUCAUGUGUGCCAUAGCCAUGUGGUUUCCCAAGAGAUACCUACCCAGGAUGUUCAGGAGGGAUCGAUCAAGGUUCAAAGUGGUCAUCGGCAUCUUGUCUGGGAUCACCACCGGGCUGGCCUUUGUUAAGCCUGUCGUCAACUCGCUGUCACUAAUGACCCUGGGAAUCCCCUGCACCGCGCUGCUCAUUACUGAGCUUAAAAGGUGUGAAAACACACGGGUGUUCAAGUUGGGCCUGGUCUCGGGGAUCUGGUGGGCACUGGCUCUGCUUUGCUGGGUCAGUGACAGGAUAUUCUGUGAAAUGUGGUCGUCUGUCAACUUUCCCUACCUGCACUGUGCUUGGCACAUCCUCAUUUGUCUGGCUUCUUACUUGGGUUGCGUUUGCUUCGCGUACUUCGAUGUGGCGACUGAGGCUCCGGAGCGAGGCCCCGUCAUCAUGUUCUGGCCCAACGAGAAAUGGGCUUUCAUUGGUGUGCCCUACGUCUCCUUGCUGUGCGUCCACAAGAAGUCUGCUAUCAAGGUGACUUAAAGUGACUCAAGUCUGCACUUCUGCCGGUCGUGCUUCAACGCUUCUCACCAAGAUGUUUCCAAACAUGGCAACAUGAUACGCCACUACGUCAGGUUACGUCCACUGGUGCUCUUGUCAUGUAGGUGAUGCACAUAUCAGCCAACCGUGAGGAUUCACGUUAUUCCUUGUUCUGUCCCUGGUCUGGUUUUCACUACACAGCAGCAUUUAAGCAACUCAGAGAACACAAGGUGUCACAAAUUAGCACAUGACGCAGGGUGACGUCUUAACUAGAUCAGUAUCAAAGCCAAGAAACCUUUACAGCGUUCCAAACACCUUCUCAGGCUUUGCAUAAGCUACCUUUUGUGCAUUGUUAUUAUGCAUUUCAGGCUUCUUUAAAGAGAAGAUUUUAUACAUUUUAUAGUGACUCAGCAAACCUUGUCACAUUGCCUUUACAAACAUAAAAACGGCAUCUCAUCUGUGCUGUCUGGCCAUUAUAAAACCAUGCUUAUAAACAAUAAAGCACUAUGCAUUAUCAUUAAUGCAGUGAUUCAGUAUUGAAGCUUCAUAUUACAUUUCUCAGCCGGUCUUACCAAACUCAGCGAAUCAACAAGCUCGUUCACGCAGAAGUGUUACAGGAGCGUAUUUCACACCAAGCCUCGUGUGUUUUUGAAUACAUAACGGACUAAGGCGCUCACACCUGCUCUCUCUCUGUCGGUGGACGUUUUAGAUUCAAAACGACGGAGACACCGUAGGCUUCUUCCUGUCAUGAGUGUGCUGUGUCUUAACUUCCAGCAUGGCAUUGCGAUUGUUCAAGAUAGUAUAUGUGAAAUGUGUCUAAUAUAUUCCUGUGUAUUGUGGUAACUAAAAAUGUAUUAUGCAGUUAUUUUCCAUAUCAUUCAUAUAUUACUAAAAGAACAGGUACCCUUUGAUAUCAGCCAAAACUAAAAAAACAAAACAAAAACAAAAAAACAAAAACCAGAAUGUGAAAUCAAAACUUAUUGAAAUAUGAUUGAAUUUUAAAGGAAAAAGAAUGACUUACUUUGCACAGAAUGAAACGGUUCUCAAAGCCUUUGGCUAAAUGCACAGUGUGUAGCAAUUCAAAACGUGAUAAUUAUAAUUAUUUACUCAAAUAUUCGCUUGCUAAUGUAAAGCUUUUACAGUUUAAGAUGCCUCAACUCUUAAACUUUUCUUCAGGGUUAUUUAUGCCAGACUCUGUGUUUUUGUGCAAAAAUAUCAAAACAAUUAAAAACUGUGCAAAAAGCCUUAAUCAGCCAGGAUAACGGACUUCAAAUGCAAAAGAACUGUGUCCUGGAACUGCUCGCCCGAAAAGGGGAAAUGCAGUACAGUAAAUAACAAAAGUGAGGUUUAGAUUAUAGCAGGUAAAGCUGUGGGACAGAUUAGGUGUUAUUACAUCCGACUUGGAAUUUAUCAGUGUUAAUCUGACAGAAACGAAUAGAAAAUGUGUAUGUGGAAUAUAAAAGGGAAGUAAAACUAAACACUAACUCUAAAAAAUCAAGGAGCACCAAAGUUUUUCUCACCACAAACCAUUGUCUUCAAUGUUGUUCUUGAAAACAAGCUAUUUGGCUAAUAUUAUUUUUACUCCUGCCCUCCUGCAGAGGCUUCUGGGAACCCAAACUAACUAAAAUAACUUGUGCACACAUGAGGGGUCAAGUGAAGGAAAGAAGCUAUUUUUGUGAGAUUCUGAAGUGGGUUUUUUUGAUAGCCUGAAGUAUUUUGUGAAAUCCAAAACCAUUUAUAUUUUUCUAAAUGAAGCGUAGCCAAAAUUGAAAAGUGGAUGAUUUUUUGAUAUUGCAUGACUGCUACUUUUGUACUGCCAAACAUUCUUUUUUUUUCCUGUUACCUUCAGGAGAAACUUUGACAGUAUCAACAAUGUGAACAAAGCUGUCUAGUGCACAAGAAUACAAAUCGUAUUGAAUCGCACAUCUGAUCCAUGGUGGCGGAUUGGUUUGUACGAAGAUGAAGUCAGUGAGUCAUCGUCAGAUAAAGGAGAUUGCGUGAACGAGACGACGUGUUUCAUGCUGCCCCUCCGCAUGCUGACGUUUGUGUCGAGGGAUGAUCAUGUUGUCUAAACAAUGACUUAAGUCUUUCUUUAUGGACUUAAACGAACUCACAUCGAUCUCAUUUUGUCUCUUCCUGCAUUGACAAUAAAGACGAACUGCACAGAAGUAUUUAUUUUCAUAAUUUAUCCUGUUUUGUAAACAAAUACUUGUAAUAGAUUAGAAUGUUAGGAUUUUUAUUUUAUGCAAUAAACCAAGCUGAUACUCAAAUGGA